UAACAGCACUCCCAAGGCACUGGGUAUGCAAGACUGAGCAUAUCUAUUCCUUGAGCUGAAAAUGAUGUGCAGAAGCAAGAGUUUGCUGCUGGCGGCUUUGAUGUCAGCACUGCUCCUCCACCUCUGCAGCGAGUCAGAGGCAGCAAGUAACUUUGACUGCUGUCUCCGAUAUACAGAACAUGUUCUUCAUCCCAAAUUUAUUGUGGGCUUCACACAGCAGCUGGCCAAUGAAGCUUGUGACAUCGAUGCUAUCAUCUUUCAUACCAAGAAGAAGUUCGCUAUAUGUGCAGAUCCAAAGAAGAACUGGGUGAAACAAGCUGUGCAUAUCCUCAGUCAAAGAGUCAAGAAAAUGUAAAAACUAAUGCUCUUCUGGAAUGGAAUUGGACACAGCCCAAGAAUAUAAAGAACCUAGUUGGAGAUUUUACUGGCACAACGUUGAGGGUUUAGUACUUACCUGAUCUGUGCCUCCUUGGACUUGUCCAGUUAAUGACGUUGAUACAUAUUGCAUCUUAGUUUGCUUUCUUUAAGCAUCAUGUUGGAGUUAAACUCUAUUCUAUGUUAAGUUAUUUAUAGCUGUAGGUUUUCUGUGUUUAGCUAUUUAAUAUUAAUUUCCCAUAAGCUAUUUGUUUAGUGCAAGGUAUAAAAUUAUGUUUUGGGGGACUAAGAUUAUAUGGGUAUUCUUGCAAGCAACAAGCUAUUUUUUUAAAAAAACUAUUUAACAUUCUUCUGUGUAUAUAGUUUUAUCUCCUAUAAUAAAAGAGCAAAUGUUAAUGAGAAGGGUAAAUAAUGAAAAUUAAAAAAAGAACCAAAAAGUUGUUUGUUGAUCAAGUAUCAUUUAUUAAUAUCAUUCAUUAAGAUGUGUAUUGAAAACAUUUAAAGGCACAGUAAAUAUGAAAAUUUUUUGAAAAAUUGUAUUCCCCACUUACUUCUGCUUGGAUGUUCCCUUUAUUUCUGUCCCUCAUGGUCCUGGACUUAAUUCUUUAUAAAUUAUAAUAUAAAGGU